GGCUGCCGGAGCCGUCCCAGGAGCGCUGCUGGCGGCGGUUUCUCAGCGAAGCAAGUGCCGGAGGCUGAGUCCGCGGCGGCGGCGGCGGCGGGGACCGGACUGAGACAUCUUCAAAGCAAGAGACCUGUUAACAGGUUCAUUAAGGAUCUGCUCUUGAAAACUGUAUUUUAUGAGUGCUUUGGAUUAAGAAGGUGUUAACAGUGUCAUUUCUGUCACAUAAGAGACUAUAAUCUGAAACAGUUCCCUGGCAGUUGCCCAGAUGCCUGAAACUGGCAAGAGCUAGUAUUUUGAGCCAUCAUCCUGCAAAAGGAAAUACAGAGCUCCUGUCUGUGCUGUCUGAGGGUCCCUUCUCUGAUGCCAUGUGAUGAUGGACAACUUUUCUGCCUCUCAUUUUCAGAUACAGAAUUAAAACCUGGCAUCUGGAGGCGCGCUUGGUACAGACCGCAAGAUUUGGGCUUGCUAUUUAGUUUUCCAGAUGUUGUAUCUCAUCUGUCUACUCGAAACCUCCACAAUCACAUAAACUGCAGAUGUAGCCAUGGAGUUGUGUGACCCGUCCAGCUAUUGGAAAGGUGUUACUGAGCUUUGGAGCUAGCCCUUUACCCAGCAGUUCAAGACAUUAUCAAGAAUAAGGAGCCAAACAAAGACAUGCACGUUCUGUUGACAAGUAGACUCUGUAACUGAUGAGUUUUGUUCUAACUGGUCAUUAAAGUCAACUGAAUAUGCAAAUUGUGUCCUAAUGGAUGUAAAGACCUAUGCUGAUGUGUUCAGACUCUAGCAAACGUUGAAGAUUAAAAAAAAAAAAAACUAUUAUGACUAAUCCUUGGGAAGAGAAAGUCUGCAAAAUGGCUCAAACCAGUUUACUGCAAGGGAAGCAGUUUUACUGUAGGGAGUGGGUUUUCCACAAGCUUCAGCAUUGCCUCCAGGAGAAAACUAACUGCUGCAAUAGUGCUGUCAACACCCCGUCCCUUGCAGUGAAUUCUGGGAAUAAUGCUAGUGCCAUCGCUGGAAAGGGAGCUGCCUGGGGUGUGUUGUUGGUAGGAGGGCCUGGCAGUGGCAAGACGGCCCUGUGCACUGAGCUCCUGUGGCCAAGUUCACCUGCAGGCUUGCAGAGAGGGUUACAUCGUCAGGCUUUGGCCUUUCAUUUCUGCAAAGCUCAGGACUCUGAUACUCUGUGUGUUGGAGGGUUUGUCAGGGGUCUGGUGGCCCAGAUCUGCCGCAGUGGACUACUCCAAGGAUAUGAAGACAAGCUCAGAGAUCCAGCAGUCCAGAGCCUCUUACAACCUGGGGAAUGUGAGAGGAACCCAGCUGAAGCAUUUAAAAGGUGUGUGCUGCUCCCACUUUUGGGAAUGAAGCCGCCCCAGCAGAGCCUGUACCUGCUUGUUGAUUCUGUUGAUGAAGGGUGUAACAUUACAGAAGGUGAACAGACAUCUACCAGCCUGUCUGGGACCGUCGCAGAGCUUUUAGCUGGUCACCAUGAAUUCUUUCCACCGUGGCUGUUGCUUCUCUGUUCUGCCCGAAAACAGAGUAAGGCUGUUACUAAAAUGUUUACUGGUUUUAGAAAAAUAAGCUUGGAUGACCUUCGGAAAGCGUAUAUUGUCAAGGAUGUUCAGCAGUACAUUCUUCACCGUUUAGAUCAAGAAGAAGCUUUGCGACAACACCUCACAAAAGAAACUGCAGAGAUGCUAAAUCAGCUGCACAUUAAAAGCAGUGGGUGCUUUCUUUACCUAGAACGAGUGCUAGAUGGAGUAGUAGAAAAUUUUAUUAUGUUGAGAGAAAUUCGAGACAUCCCAGGAACUCUAAAUGGUCUGUACCUCUGGCUGUGCCAAAGACUUUUUGUAAGAAAACAGUUUGCAAAGGUUCAGCCUAUUUUGAAUGUCAUCCUUGCAGCCUGCCGACCUUUGACCAUAACAGAAUUGUAUCACGCAGUAUGGACCAAAAAUAUGUCAUUGACCUUAGAAGACUUUCAACGCAAGUUGGAUGUCCUCUCCAAACUGCUUGUUGAUGGACUAGGAAAUACUAAAAUACUGUUUCACUAUAGUUUUGCAGAGUGGCUUCUAGAUGUGAAGCACUGUACUCAGAAGUAUUUAUGUAACGCAGCAGAAGGACACAGAAUGUUAGCUAUGAGUUAUACCUGUCAAGCCAAGAAUUUAACACCACUGGAAGCACAAGAAUUUGCAUUGCACUUAAUUAAUUCAAAUCUGCAGUUAGAGACAGCUGAGUUGGCGCUGUGGAUGAUUUGGAAUGGCACACCUGUCAGAGACUCGCUGUCUACUCUAAUACCCAAGGAACAAGAAGUGCUGCAGCUGUUGGUUAAAGCUGGUGCUCAUGUCAACAGUGAGGAUGAUCGCACAUCAUGCAUAGUCCGACAAGCCUUAGAACGAGAGGAUUCCAUAAGGACAUUAUUAGAUAAUGGAGCUUCAGUAAAUCAGUGUGAUUCAAAUGGGAGAACGUUAUUGGCUAAUGCGGCCUACAGUGGUAAUCUUGAUGUCGUGAAUUUACUUGUCUCUAGAGGAGCAGAUUUAGAGGUAGAAGAUGCUCAUGGACAUACACCACUCACUCUAGCUGCUAGACAAGGACAUACCAAGGUGGUUAAUUGUUUGAUUGGAUGUGGAGCAAAUAUUAAUCAUACUGACCAAGAUGGCUGGACAGCAUUGAGAUCUGCUGCUUGGGGUGGUCAUACCGAGGUAGUUUCUGCACUGCUUUAUGCUGGCGUAAAAGUGGACUGUGCAGAUGCGGAUAGCCGAACAGCUCUAAGAGCAGCAGCGUGGGGAGGACAUGAGGAUAUUGUACUGAAUCUUCUACAACACGGUGCUGAAGUUAACAAAGCUGACAAUGAAGGUAGAACUGCUUUGAUAGCAGCAGCUUACAUGGGACACAGAGAGAUUGUGGAGCAUCUGCUGGACCACGGAGCAGAAGUGAAUCAUGAGGAUGUCGAUGGCAGGACUGCACUCUCUGUGGCUGCGCUGUGUGUUCCUGCCAGUAAAGGGCACGCAUCGGUUGUGAGCCUCUUAAUCGACCGAGGUGCUGAAGUAGAUCAUUGUGAUAAAGAUGGCAUGACUCCACUGCUGGUAGCCGCCUACGAAGGACACGUGGAUGUGGUUGACUUGCUUCUAGAGGGGGGAGCCGAUGUGGAUCACACAGAUAACAAUGGCCGUACGCCCCUCUUAGCAGCCGCUUCUAUGGGCCAUGCUUCAGUAGUAAACACGCUUUUGUUUUGGGGAGCAGCUGUGGACAGCAUUGACAGUGAAGGUAGGACUGUCCUGAGCAUAGCUUCAGCACAAGGAAAUGUUGAGGUGGUACGCACGCUGCUAGAUAGAGGGUUAGAUGAAAACCACAGAGAUGAUGCUGGAUGGACACCUUUGCACAUGGCAGCCUUUGAAGGCCACAGAUUAAUAUGUGAAGCACUUAUUGAACAAGGUGCUAGGACAAAUGAGAUUGACAAUGACGGCCGAAUCCCUUUCAUAUUGGCUUCACAGGAGGGCCAUUAUGAUUGUGUUCAAAUAUUGUUGGAAAACAAAUCCAACAUUGAUCAGAGAGGCUAUGACGGGAGAAACGCACUACGGGUUGCUGCGUUAGAAGGACACAGGGACAUUGUUGAAUUGCUCUUUAGCCAUGGAGCUGAUGUUAACUACAAAGAUGCUGAUGGUAGGCCCACCCUGUAUAUCUUGGCCUUGGAAAACCAGCUUACAAUGGCUGAAUAUUUUUUAGAAAAUGGUGCCAACGUAGAAGCAAGUGAUGCUGAAGGAAGGACAGCGCUUCAUGUCUCCUGCUGGCAAGGCCACAUGGAAAUGGUGCAGGUUCUCAUGGCCUACCAUGCUGACGUCAACGCUGCAGACAAUGAGAAGCGCUCCGCUUUGCAGUCUGCAGCCUGGCAGGGCCAUGUCAAAGUGGUUCAGCUUCUGAUCGAGCAUGGUGCCGUCGUUGACCACACAUGUAACCAGGGAGCAACUGCACUCUGCAUUGCAGCCCAGGAAGGGCACAUUGAUGUUGUGCAGGUGUUGUUAGAGCAGGGUGCUGAUCCUAACCAUGCUGACCAGUUUGGACGCACUGCUAUGCGUGUUGCGGCCAAAAAUGGGCAUUCCCAAAUAAUUAAAUUAUUAGAAAAAUAUGGUGCAUCUAGUUUGAAUGGCUGUUCCCCAUCCCCUGUUCACACAAUGGAGCAAAAACCUCUACAGUCAGCGUCUUCAAAAAUGCAGUCGUUAACAAUUAAAUCAAAUAGCUCUGGUAGUACAGGUGGAGGGGAGAUGCAGCCUUCAUUACGUGGUUUGCCUAACGGGCCAGCUCAUGCCUUCAGCUCUCCUUCGGAAUCUCCAGACUCUACGGUUGAUCGCCAGAAGUCAUCGCUGUCAAAUAACUCCCUGAAAAGCUCAAAAAAUUCAUCCUUAAGAACUACUUCGUCGACAGCUACUGCUCAGACAGUGCCAAUUGAUAGCUUCCAUAGCUUGUCAUUUACAGAACAAAUUCAGCAGCAUUCAUUGCCACGCAGUAGAAGUCGACAGUCAAUCGUGUCCCCUUCUUCCACAACACAGUCCUUGGGACAGAGUCAUAAUUCCCCAAGCAGUGAGUUUGAAUGGAGUCAAGUAAAGCCCAGCUUGAAGUCAACUAAAGCAAAUAAAGGGGGAAAAUCAGAAAAUUCCAGCAAAUCCGGGUCGGCUGGGAAAAAAGCUAAGCAAAAUAAUUCUUCACAGCCAAAGGUAUUAGAAUAUGAAAUGACUCAGUUUGAUAAAAGAGGACCUGUAGCCAAAUCUGGGACCAGUGCACCACCUAAACAAAUGCCUGCAGAAUCUCAGUGCAAGAUUGUGAUACCUUCAACCCAACCGGAAGUUGGUCGAUCCCAACAGCAGUUUCUCAUUCAUCAACAAAGUGGAGAACAGAAGAAGAGAAAUGGAAUAAUGACAAAUCCGAACUAUCACCUUCAGAGCAACCAGGUUUUUCUCGGAAGGGUUUCAGUUCCCCGAACAAUACAAGACAGAGGGCAUCAGGACGUGUUAGAAGGGUAUCCUUCAGAGACAGAAUUAAGCCUUAAACAAGCCCUGAAGCUUCAGAUUGAGGGUUCAGACCCUAGCUUCAACUAUAAAAAGGAAACGCCAUUAUAAAAGUUUCCCAUUCUGUGAAACAGAAGACGUUGUGAUUGGAGUAGUUCUUCAGCUGCUGGAUGAAGACGUGAAAUGCCUGUUGAUGUGCUGGAAAACAGAUGAAGAAUGUGACAUCUGCAGUACAGUUACUUUGAUUACUGUAAUGUGCCUAAAUAGUAAGGCUGCCUUCUCAGUGUAACCCUCUGUGCUUAAAAUACUUCAUUUCGUGUGCUUUGUACUCACUACACAAGAAUAAGCACUUUUUAAAAAUGCAGGUAUAUACUGCAGUUCCCUGAGAGAAGCUGAAAAAAAUUGAAUAAAAUAUUUUAAGUUAAGAUUUGAUAAAUGUGCAUGUGCCAUGGUCAAAUAUAUAUGAAAGGGCAGUGUUCCUAGUAUUUAUUUUGUUCUUUUUUUGUGGCAAGAGUUAAGCAUACUGUUUCAGUCACAUUUGCAUUGUAAUGUAUGGCCUAUUUCUGUAUCUUUAAAAAUAUUGCUCAAUAAAACAAAUCUUGCAACUGUUUCAUGUUCACUACACCCUCAGCAUUGUACAAAAAUGAGUUUCUGUAUAAAUGCCACAUUGAAGUGAGAAGAAUUGUUUCCUGAUAGAUUUAAAAACUAAUAAUUGCUACUAGUUUGGGGAGCUGAGUUAAAUAGUAUAAAUCUGAAUUUUCCCAGUGGAAUCCGCCUCAUCUCUAGUUAGAGAUGUCACAGCAACCAACCAACCAAUCAGACUAUAGGCAAAACAAAGUCCUAUUUUAUUCACUUUCCACUAAUAUCUCACUGCAUCUCCAAGAAUAUAGACUCAUUCUUGAGGCAUGAAAAUUCUCAGGGCCAAAGCCAUGCCUCAGUUGCAUGUGUGUACAGAGGGAGAUACACCUGUGUGUCUAAGGGUAGAUUUCUUUUGACCCCUGAACAAUUCAUUGCCCUGUCUCUUCCUCCCAGAUAAAUAAAAUAUAAUUUAUCAGCAUAAACACUAAUGCUUGCCUCUCUCACACCUAUUUCUAUUUUGUAAAUCACUGUGUGUCCAAAAUAGCCCCUCUCACAAUCAGUUGGGUUGAUGUUCAUGGUUAGCUGGAUGAAUAUUCUUGAUGAAUGUAAUCUGUGCUGUCCCUCUCAGAUGACACCACCGCCAGCACAAGUGUUUUAUUUAUUGUUAUGUGAUGAUAGUGAUGGAUUUGCACUUUUCUAUCCACAUACUCUUUCCUGUUUUCUUCUUUGGACAUUUGUACGCAGGAUGACUGCAUACCAGAGUUACAGGAAAAUUCUAUUACCAAGGAAAAUAAAAUUGGUCAAAAGAGCACAUGAGCCAUAGCCUCGGCCUCCUGUGUAUAGCCUAGACCAGAGGAGCCAGCUUAAGUGAGCUGUCCCUUUGUCUGGAAGGCUUGCCAUAGUGCUUAGAAGUCAAGGUUUUGGAUUUGAUCUUUGAGGUCUGCUGAUUCACAGAACCCAGAACUUUUGUUUUUCCUAUGUACUGUUGAUAAAGAGGAGGAAUGAGGAAAGAGAAUUUGGAGGUUGAGCACAAAACCAUUGCUACUACUGGAAAAAAUCUGUAGACUCUGUUGGUGUCAGAGGUCAGUCAUGUCAUCUGUGGCUAUGAAGGGCGCUUAGGUGAUAUCGUUGUUCGUAGACAUGGAAAUAUGUGAUUGGAUGUCAUAAACGUUUCACUUGAAUCUUUGUUUAAGGUGUUUCAUGCUUUUGUUUCUUAAAGUCAGCAAAACUCAUUUUGUCUGUGUCAUCUAAGAAUGAGGACUAGGAGAUAAGUUGAUAAGUUCAAUCAAUAUUAAGAUGACAUAGCAAUAUUGAAAACUCGAAUGUGAAUGUUUCAAGUAUUGAAUUCUUGUCCCUAUGGGACAUUUAUUAAAUACACUUAAUGGGACUCUUGCAAAGCAGCCUUAAAAAGUGUUAAUGAUUCUGUUAAUAGAUAUGAACACAUACUGUUUUUAGAACCAACUUAAGUCAUAUCUCAAAUACAGCACAUUUACAUUAAGUAGAAGAUGAAGCUGUAGUUUCUUAUUAGCUGUGUUUUUCUUUAGAAAGAGAACCCUAAAAGCUGCCAGUUUUUCUAUUAAUCUUGAAUUAUUGUCAUUGUAUUUAUUUAAUUUUAUUGUUUUUACAAAAUUGCACCUUGUGGCCAAAGGGCAAAGUUAAGAUUCAUUGCAUAAGGGAUUUUAUGUUUUUCAGAGCUAAAUGUUUUCAUAUCCAUUCUGUAUUACGCUUGAAACAGUUAGUAGGAAGAGAUCUUGUUGAAAAAAUAUAAUUUUCAAAAGUAAACUCCUCUGGAUGUUUUUAUAUAAAUUAUGUUUUGGACUAGAACAUAAGUGACUUUCAGUUAGGUUCAGGAAGGCAAGGGUGCAGGAUAUGCCCUGCUUUGCUUCAUUGUUUCUGUGGAGAAUUUGAUACCGUAAAUGAAAAUGACUUUGCUCCAUUAAAAAAAAUGAAAAAUAGUCCCCAAAAUAUAAAACUUCUAAAUAGCUAUUUUUGAAAUUAAAUGUUUAGAUUUUGUAAAUCAGCUGUUGCCACUACACAACUUAAGAUGCUAUGUGCUUAUAAUGUUUUUGUAACAUUCCAUCUGUGUGCCCAUUCCCUAAAUGGCGUGAGUUGAUAAUAAAGGAGGUGAUAAAAAUACGGUAAUAAAAGAUAAAAAUCUGAGUGUUCCUAGGAAAGGUUUCGGGAGGAAAAUUGACUGGAAGUCAGUGUGUACUGCAAUGUACAGCCAGUAUCUUUUGUCCCCUGUCCUCACUCCCACCACCACCGGAAUCCUCACUAAAAAUAAUUCACUACUUUAAAGAAAAAAAAAAAGGAGUAAAUACUUUUCUCUAUGUUAUUUUGGCUGUGCAGAUGUUUGUUUUGCUUAAUGUAGUCCAGUUAUACUUCUCAGCAAAGUAGUUGCAGACAAAGGCUUUCUUUUUAUUUUUCCCUGGGUUUGGGGUAUGUAAAUAAAUAGCCUAAAGUGUACAUUGAAUUUCACAUUGUAAAGGUUUUAUUUUAUUCCUUGUAUUAUAUUAUGCAAAAAAUCCCUAUGUAUAUGAAAGUGCAUAAUAAAUAUAUUUGCUUUACA